AUGUCGAAACGAAGCAGCGUCGCGCCCCCCAGCGCCAACGGGGACGCCGGCAGAUCCGCCAUCAGCCCCAGUCAGCCAGCUGUCGAUAAGCAGAAGACGCUGCUUUCCGCCGACGUGGGGCACUUUUCCCUGGUGCGGGCGAUGCAUCUCGCCGACCUGAUAACGCUGAUGAACGGUUUCAGCGGCGUCAUGUCCAUCUUCGCGUCGCUGCGGUACUGCCUCGGCGAUGCGGACUCGCUCGACAAGGUGUGGCUGGCGCUGGCUUUCCUGCCCUUUGGGCUCUUCUUUGAUUUCUUGGACGGCAGGGUCGCCCGGUGGCGCAACAAGAGCAGCCUCAUGGGACAGGAGCUGGACUCCCUGGCAGACUUGAUCUCGUUUGGCGUGGCGCCCGCCAUGGUCGCCUUCACCAUCGGCUGCCGCUCGGUCCUCGACACCGUCGGGCUCACCUUCUUCGUCCUGUGCGGCCUCGCCCGCCUCGCCCGCUUCAACGUCACCGUCUCGGUGCUCCCCAAGGACGCCUCCGGCAAGAGCAAGUUCUUUGAGGGGACGCCCAUCCCGACGUCGCUGUUCCUGGACGCCGUCAUGGCCUACUGGCUGCACAACCGCUGGAUCCUGGACCAGCUGCCCUGGGGGGCCGUCUUCCCAGGCAGUGUCUUGGAGUUCCACCCGGCCGUGCUCUUGUUCAUGCUGCACGGCUGCCUGAUGACCAGCAAGACCAUUCGCAUUCCUAAGCCCUAG